UCCCCGUCACGUGACAGAGUGAAACAUGGCGUCCUCCCGGAGACGGCUGGUUUGUUUACGCUCCGGGAUUUGGAGCCUCCUGUUUUACUGCGUUUACUCUCAUUUGAAGGUGGUUCUGGCGGAGGAGGCUGAAAGCUGCGAGAACCUGAGACUCGGACAGUAUCUCUGUAAAGAUCCGAAGAUAGACGACGCCACUCAGGAGCCGGAGAACUGCAGGGACACGACGGCGUGGGUGGAGUGCCUCCCAGCUCCGAACAUCAGCUGUCGACUCUCUAACGGGACAGAGUUCAGGUUCAGCGGGGAGGAGGUGGGCUUCAACAAAACCAUCCCCUGCAGGAAUGUGAGUGGUUAUUCCUAUAAAGUAGCUGUGGCUUUAUCUCUGUUUCUGGGCUGGCUGGGAGCAGACCGCUUCUACCUGGGAUAUCCUGCGCUAGGACUGUUGAAGUUCUGUACAGUUGGUUUCUGUGGAAUCGGCACUCUGAUCGACUUCAUACUGAUCGCCAUGCAGAUCGUGGGUCCCGCAGACGGAUCAAACUACAUCGUGGAUUAUUACGGCGCUCGGCUGACCCGCCUGUCCAUCACCAACGAGACCUACAGGAAGCCACACCCGUCUCUGUGAACACACACCGACAGGAAACACCGUCAGUCAUGUGAACACAGAGAGGACUGCACACGGCCGAGGACACGCUCCUAAAAAUCACUUCUGUUCAUUUAGUUCAACUUUAUCCACACGCUGACUCAACAGACAGAACGUUUAAAAAAUAAAAAUAAAAAAAACUGUAAACCUUCACAUUCCUGCUGAUCGUUCACGCAAUCAUCCAUCAGAUUGAUCUCCUGACAGGUUUCACUUCUCUAUGAACAGAAUAAUUUACCUCCUCUGAAUAGGUCACAUGUAAUGUACGCCUCUGCGGCUUUUAUUUAAUAUGAAAAUACGGUCCUAAUAUAUUGUGACGUGUCACUUUUCUGUCUUUAAGUUAAUUUAUUUCAUGAAAGCUGACUUUGUAAAUAAAGUUUCUUUUUGUGUUCAUCUA